AUGGUUCAAAAAUUUGUUGGGUGUUACAAACAAGCUGUUAAUGGAAAGAAAAGUGGGACAUUGGAGAACGAUAUCAUGGCCUCUGCACAUGCUUUUUUUGCUCAGGAUCAAGGUACAACAUUCAAUCUUGAGUACGCAUGGCGACUGUUAAAAGAUGAACCUAAAUGGAUGGGAGAAUCGAUUGGAAGUUCUUCAAAAAUAACAAAGACUUCCGCUAGUGGGGCAUCAUCGGAGAACCCAGAUACACAUUCAAGUUAUGAGUUUAACUCAUCAUCACCAAUGGAGCGUCCAAUGGGACAAAAAGCGGCAAAAGGGAAGGGUAAGACAAAUAAUAUUCCAACUGCAACAGAAGAUGCAAAGAAUAAAAGAACAACGGCAAUGGAAAGACUAGCGCAAUAUAAGGAGGACGAGAUAGAAGUAAAGGUAAUGCAAAUCAUGAUGAAAGACACUUCUACUAUGAGCGAUAGUCAACGAGAUAUUCAUGAAAAAUAUUGUAAUAAGAUGGAAAAAAAUAUGGAAUGUAGUUAG